GUCAACUUGCGAGGCCAAAUUUCAGAAGUUGAAUAAUGGAGUGAAUGUAGAUGGACACAUGGAUAUGAUAGGCAAUUUACCUGACGAAAUCAUUCAACACAUGCAUUUUGAGUUUACUUCCUACAAAAGAUGCUGUUAGAACAACUGUAUUGUCUAGAAGGUGGAAUUCCCAAUGGAUGUUUGUGAGCAAUCUUGACUUCGCAGAAUUUCCACCAAAUAUGAACUAGAAGACUGAGAAGAGGUCACUCUUCAUGGAUUUUGUGGAUAGAGUUAUUGCACUCCGUAAACCAUUGGAUCUAAAUAUUUUUGCAUUGGUUUGUGAAGUAUUUACUGAUGCUUCCCGCUUCAAUUCGUGGGUAUGUGCUGCAGUAAAGCAUAAUGUUCAACACUUGCUUCUUGUACUAGAUAAGAUUCAUCUAGAGCCUCUUGAAUUGCCUAUUUACAUGUGAUACACUCAGGAAGGCCUUUAUAAUGGCAGACAUUUUGCUCAACCUUCCAUCUUCCAUUCACUUUUCGAAUUUGAAGUUGUUGACUCUUCAGUAUGUUGUUUUUCCUGGCUAUGAGUCCACUCAACGACUAUUUUCUGGCUUGCCUGUCCUGGAGGAGCUAACUUUGGAUAGCUGCUGCUGGUUGAAUUUUGAAAUUGUUACCAUAGCUCUUCCCAUGCUUAAGAAAUUGGAUAUAAAAGAAAAUUUAUCAGACCAUGAUAAUUGUCAGUUCUUUAUUAUUGCAGAGAACCUCAACUCCUUUUAUUACAUUGAUACACUCAAAAAUGACUAUUGGAUCUAUAACACCUUAUCCCUUGAUUGGGGAUUAAUGGGCUUGUGCAGCACUGAUGACAUUGGAGAGAGUAGCAGACUAAGAGAAGUUGCUAAAAGAGCUGGUAGGCUUAGAGGGAUCUCUUGUGCGAAAGAACUAUUGCUAACUCCUUAUGCGUUUGAGGCUCUCGCAUAUUCUGAAUAUUUAUGUGCCUGCAUGCCUGUGUUAUACAAAGUGACAUAUCUUGAUUUCUUUCACCGGGAACGGCGAUAAAUUUUGGUUGUAGAACGCUAGCAAAGUUCCUCAAGAAAUUACCAUCUCUCGAAUUACUAGUUUUCCAAUCAGUAACUUUCCUGUAACCUUGAGUGUUUGUGGUUUAUUUAA